UUUAUCAGUUUUCCUUUGGUUACUUUAAUAAUUGCWUAUAUUAUUUACAUGUCGUAUAAUUUUUGCUAUCUAGCGAAUUGAAUAUAUGAAUCAUUAGCCUCUAUAUUAUUAAUUUCAAAUUGUUAGUUUAAAUAAUUAUUUUUAAAGUUAAUCACUUAAACAUGCAGGACCCCAAUGAGGAUACCGAAUGGAAUGAUGUGCUCCGCGCAAAAGGCAUCCUUGCACCAAAGCAGAAAGAAGCUGAAAUCACAGAGGAGCAAAUCCAARAGAUGAUGGAUGAUGCCAUAAAUAGACGAACCGAUUUAAGGAGUGGGGAAAAUGGUUCAAAGAAAAUUGAAGAAAUGUUUUUGGAUGAAUUAGAUGAACUGGAAGAUUCUGAAGACGAAGAGGUAUUAGAACAAUACCGGCAGCGACGGAUGGCAGAAAUGAGGGCAUUUGCCGAGAAAGCAAAAUUUGGAACAGUGCGGGAAAUAUCUGGACAAGAUUAUGUGAGCGAGGUGACAAAAGCGGGUGAUGGCAUUUGGGUAGUGAUCCAUCUUUAUGCAAAUGGUGUACCCCUUUGCUCACUUAUUCAUCACCACAUGCAACAGUUGGCUGCAAAAUUUCCGCAAACGAAAUUCUUACGUUCCAUUGCAACUACUUGCAUACCUAAUUUUCCUGAAAAAAACUUACCGACAGUUUUUAUUUAUAACGAAGGCCAAUUAAAGAAACAAUAUAUUGGACCAUUGGAGUUGAGAGGCGAGAAACUAACGCUCGAUGAAUUAGAGUUUCUACUGGGAAAAGCCGGUGCAAUUUCUACAGAAAUAAAAGAAGAUCCGAGGCCGCAAAUUCGUGAUAAAAUGUUGUCCGAUUUGGAAAGUCAAAAUAUUGAUUUUUAUUAAUUUAAUUUGUUUUUAAAUUUUUAAAUUUAGACAAGAAAUUGCUGUAAUUAUUAGAAGAAGUGCUAAAAAAUAUUUAUUUCCUCAAA